CUUCGGUCUGUGCGGUGUUCUUCGUCUCCGUGUCUGCUUUUCUCACAACAAUACAAGGGUUUAAGCUUUCAUUUCUUCGUUUUUCUCUUAUUUUCUUCGCUGGCUCCAAAAGCUAUGCAGGCCCUUAAACGCACAGCAACAAAGACCGAGUUGCGGAGACUCUCGUCCACAAUCACCAAAACCCAUUUCAUAUCCAGCACCAAUUUCAGACCCUUCUCCUCCAACUCAAAGAAAGGCCACGACGACUGGAACGACGCCUGGGAGACCGCCUGGCUCCCGCCCGACCUCUCAGGAAGUAGUAGCAGAGCUCCAUGGGAGACCGACGUCAAUUUCUCGUCUUCAGAGUCGAGCGUAGUGCUUCCGUCAGACGCAGACCUGGAGACCAAGGCGUUCGUGGAGGACAUGAAUGAGAAUUGGAACGAGAGAAGAAAACCCAAAGAAGAAAAUCCGCAGAAGCAACAACAGCAAAGUGAGAAUGGGUCGUCGCUUUAUAGCUUGGAUAGUAUUAAGAAGGACUAUAGGGUCAAGAAACAGAGGAUCCAUGCUGGCCUUUGGAUGAAGGAGAUUGAGAAGCAAGAGGAGGCUAAGUUGGCCGACUCGAAUUCUUUCGGUGGCGGGGACGAUAUCGAGCGAUUGCUCGAUAGCUGCUCCGACAUUUUUGAUUCUGCCAACAACGAUUUGGAAAACUCUAAAGUCCCAAGUGCUUCCGACUUCAAAAACAAACCGGAUGGUUGGGAAACGACAUCCAAGGCUAAGGAUGGAAAUGUAUGGGAGAUGACCCAGAGAGAAGAAGAUAUUCUUCUCCAAGAGUUUGAGCGUCGAAUUGCGUACAAUAAAUUUCAGAUUGCUAGUUUUAUCAAGACUCACAUAUUUAGCCGGAGGAGACCAAUUGAUGGGUGGAAAUACAUGAUAGAGGAGCUAGGGCCAAAUGCAAGGAAAGGGAAGGGUUCUGUUACAAGAUUACCGAGUCUAUCUGAUGCAUCAACCCAACCCUUCAAGGAGGAAAACAGUGCAAUGAGCGGCAGCAGCAUUAUGCCCUUUAAGGAGAGGUAGUUUGCUUUUGGACUAUGUUCAUAUAUUCCCUUUUGCUGGAAGAUUUCGGAGAUUGGGCAGUAAUGACCUUCCUUUGUUUAGAGAUGUCAGCCUCGAAAGUAUUCAUACCUACCAUAUAAAUUAUUGCAAUUUUGAUCUCUGGCAUUCUCAAUGUAUGAUCAUACCAUCCUGUAGGCAACUGAAAGUGCAAUUAAUUUAAGUGAAAGAAUGUGUGCAUUUCCAACUUA